AUGUAUGGCCGGUUGCGAGCCCUCACCUUGGUCCGCCAUGUGCCUGAGCAAGUUGACACCGUCGCAGCAAUGCGAUGGGGCCGACGUGUCCCGGCGCGGAAGCGUGAACCGAAGGAGUUCCGACGAGGCAAAUGGAGAGGCCUUCUGCGGGAAUACGGUGCGCCAUGCCCCCCAAGGCGUGGCUAUCAAUCCCAUAAGCAGAGAUCAGGGCCUGGGAGCAGGCGAGAGGUGCAGGUGUUCCGCUUGCCCGCGCCGAAGCUCCCCAACCAACAGUGUGCUUCAGGCCAGAGCGUCCUCGGGCGCGAUGGCUGCAGCCCGCAACGUGGUCACGCGUGCGGGUCAAGGUAG